UUAGAGCAAAAAUGCUGCUCAAAUGGAACACAAAAUCGAUUCCGCCGCAUGCGCGCCUCUCGUCGCAGUGGUGCCAGUGGAACGCUCAACAAGGCCACCGUUCCGUUGCUGCCUAAAAAUCGACUUGUAAAGGAACUACAAGACCGCGGACUCGACACUUCCGGGGUGCAGACAGUACUUGCCGACAGGCUUGUAGAGUUUUUAAGCGUUGAGGAUGGAUCGAUUUCAAGUCCUGCAGUGGUGAAAAAAGCUCCAGCUGCUGCCAAAAAGACGCCUGCCGCAAAAACUCCGAAAUCUGCGACAAAAGUUGAUUCAAUACGCCGUUCAACUCGAGGAGCUCAGCAAGUGAAAGAAGAAGAACCCGAAGAGGAGGAAGAAGAAGAAGAAGAGCAAGAUGAGCCUGUCCGGGAGACUCCGAAACCGAAACGAAGAGGACGACCAUCAAUAAAGCAGGAACCUCCAGAGGAAGAAGCCGCGACAGAAGAUGCUCCUGUUCCAGAAGUUCCAGAAGUCACCGAACGUCGAAAGAAGCAGAACAAGGAGAACGCCACUCCGCUCGUCAAGAAGGAUCUCAAAAGAAAAGCGCCGGCAGUGAAAAUCGAAGAACCCGAAGAGCCAGAACCUGGAACUUCUCAAAAUGAGCCAUCAACUUCACAGAAUGGAAAGACGACUCUGAGCACCACUCCGCAAUCAGAGGAGAGGCGAUCUCGACGGAAAAGUGCUCGACUUUUGGCUUCAGAACAAAUGGAUGUAGAGGAUGAAGAUGAGCCUGAAGCGGCGGCGGAUCCGGAGCCCCCAAAGAUUCAAGAGCCCGAGAAGAAGAAGCAGAAAGUUUCGAUAAAAGAAGAAGUUCCAGAUGUGGCGGCGGCUGUUGUUUCACAGGAGCCACAGGAGCCACCAAAAAAGCAGAAGCUGACUAGAAUAAAAGUGGAAGUUGAGGAGGAAGAUCCAGACUUUCAACCACCAGAUGAAUCGGAUCCCAUCAGGCAUUCGAAGCGUAUAAAAGAGCACUCGGAGCACAGUUAUGAUGCCCUUCAGCAGACGCAAAAGGAGAAAGCUGAACGAGCCGAGAAGCUGCUCAAGAAGCAGAGAACCUCAUCAUCAUCUUCUCAGCCAUCUCCAGCGGUUUCUGCACAACCAAAACCUGCGAAUUGGCAACUGGAAUGGGCGGCCAAGAUGGCAAUGCACAAGAAGCCUGCUCCGGCUACCACAAAUGGCGUGAAUCCGGAGCAUGUGAAGAGAAAAGAGUCUGGGGAGAAGCCUGCCGCCGAAGUUGCGACGAAAAAAAAGAAGAAGGAGGCGAUAGACACGAUUGAGGCAUUGAUGCUGUCCACGAUUAAGGAGAUAGUGGAGAAAAAGCCGUCUAUUGAUCGUCCAGAUCGUCCAGAUCGUCCAGAACGUCCAGAACGCACCGUCGGCGGUUCCGAUGCUUCCGACAGCUCUCAAGGAUUCCUGAACAAGCUGACAUCUCAAGCUGCUCCAGCUCCAUCUCCAAAAGCUCAAUAUCCAACCGGCGUGUUCUUCAAUCAACCUCUUCCACCACCACCAGCACAUCCUCCAAAGAUCGGUGCACAUCCUCUGGUCAUGGGUGGUGGUGGAGGUGUCCCAAUGAUUCCGAUGGUUCCAAUGCCACCUGGAAUGAUCGGGCUUCCACCAGGCCCUCCAGGCCGAAGACGUAAAUCGAGAUUCGAUCAGCCACCACCGGAGGCUGCCGCGGCUGCACAACAAUUUUAUGCGAGCACGCAUGCACCCCCACCGACCCUCACCACUGUUCCACAGAUUUCCCUUCGAGCACCACCAGGGCUGGCUUCUCCGAUUCCACCACCACCGCCAGGAAGGAAGCCGCUGAUUGAUGGAAUCCCACCGCCACCUCCGAAACCGCUCCUGGCGACUAGUGAUUUGCAAAGGCGUGUUCAAGAGAUCUUCUCGAGUGAAUCGUCGGCUCCAGCUGUUCCAGUGGUGUUUUCACCGAGAGAAGCUUCACCUCCACCACCGCCUCCGCCACCUCGUCCUUCUGCUCUGAAGCCGAAGACGGAGCCGAAGCAAGUUGUGCUGAAGCAAGAACCUGAAGAGCAUGACGACGACGAUGAUGAUUUUGUUAUAAGAGACACAGUUGUGGAGGAUGAGCCAGCUCCAAGAUGUCGAAUCGAACAGGAAGAAGCUUCAGCUCCACCAGCUCCGGUGGAGCCAUUGGAGCCAUUGGAUCCCCAACAAGAGGACAGUGCUCCGCGAGCCGUUAACAAGGUCGUAGAGCAGCGAAAAAAGGAAGCGUUGGCCGAGGAGCGUCGUCGUCGAGCAAUGGAACUUGGAGACGGAGAUGGAGAGUAUAAUCCGGAAGAUUCGGCGAUUGGUCAGGAUGAAAGUGAAAUCGUUUGGGAAUAUCAACCAAUAAUGACACGGAUGGAGGAUGAAGAAGAGGAAAUGGAGGAGAAUGAGGGUGAUGAUGAAGAUGAAGAUGAGAUGGUUAUGGAUGAUGAGGAAGAAGAUGAUGAUGAGGAUGAGGAAGAAGCAACGAAUCUAGAUGCUCCAGAAGCCCCAGAAGCUCUGGAAGCCCAGGAAGAUCCCGAAGAGCUCAACGUGCUCGAGCAAAACCCAAUGGAGCUCUUGAAGCGUGCUCUUCCGCUGCUCCACUCGUCGACAGUCACCGAGCAACCCAAGCAUGACUAUGCUCAGUUGGAACUUCCAAUAACAGAGUCUUUGUUGAAACGAACCGACGAUGAGCAGCCCGAGGAGGUCUAUUAUCACGGAGAUCCCGUACCGGAAGUCGACGAGAAUGAGCUAUAUGAGAUUGCGGCGGGUAUCAAGCCGAAAAAGAAGGAGAAGAAGGCGCUCGUGCAGAUUCCUGAAGAGGAGCGGGUGCCCGCUGAUAGCGAGACUAUUGAACUCGAUUAUUAUAACGCUGAUAUUCUCGUAAAAAGUGCGGAAAAGGACAUUUGGCAAAUUGAGCCAUUCAAUCAGGAUGGACUGGCUCUAAUGUGGGGCGGAAUUCGUUCAAAUUUCGGCAUCAAACUUCCAUUUAAACAAACCGGCAAGGACGCAUCUCAUCGAUUGGCAUUUCAAAUUCAAAUUGAUUCAUAUCAAUCAAUUCAACAUCUUCCAACAGAAUUUAUGGCUGACGGUGGUGAUGUACGAAUUGGUUUCUCACUCGCGUCGACGGCUUCAUUGAUUUUGGGAGAAUCGCCGGGCUCAUGGUGCAUUUCGGCCAGUGGAAAACGUGCGGCGAACAAUCAUUUCAGCGAUUUUGGAAAAUUAUUUGAUAUUGGAGACGUUGUCACUUGUAUCUUUGAUCUGUCGGUGGGAACAAUUUCAUAUCAGAUUAAUGGAGAAAAUGUUGGAAGCCCAUUCGAAUCUCUUCAGUUUAGAGAGGGCGAUGUGAUUUUUCCGACAAUUUGUACGAAAAAUGCGAAUAUCAAUGUGAAUAUGGGUCAGGAGCUGACUGAUGAGAAAUGGAAGAUCCCCGAGGAUCGUGAUUGGAUGUUCAUCACAGAAAUGGAUCGUGCUCAUCUCGUCCGAUCACAUACUGCACCGGCAGCCAAGAAGGAUUGUACUGUUCUGAUGACCGUCGGCCUUCCAGGAGUCGGAAAAACUACAUGGGUCCGUCGUUACCUCGCAGAACAUCCCCACGAACAUUGGACACUGAUCAGUGCGGAUGUUGUGAUGGAUGCGAUGAAGGUGAACGGUGUUCCGAGGAUCCGUCUACCAACGUUGAAACGACCGGAUUUCCUGCGUGGAAUUAUCGGAAAAUCGAUGAAUCGGCUGAUCCUCCUGGCACCUAGAAGACGCAAGAAUUAUAUUUUGGAUAUGACGAAUUGUUUUGCGGAGAAGCGGAAACGAAAGUUGAUGGCUUUUGAAGAGUUCAACAGGAAAUGCAUGCUUUUCGUGCCGGACGAGGAUACACAUCAGAAGAGGCUCAUUAAGCAGGAGCACGAGGAGAACGAGAAGCUCGACACGGAUGCAAUGAUGCAGCACAAGGCAGCAAUGUCUCUUCCGAUUGUUGCCGAGGGGGAACCUUGUGAGGAGCUGAUCUUUAUUGAUCCACCAGCUGGAUGUGAGCAAAUCGCGUUUGAUCGAGUCGGAAAAAUGAAUUAUGAUUGUCGAUCGUGGUUGGUGAUUCCAGGACGACGACGUGGUGGUGGUGGAUAUAAUAAUCAUCAUAAUCGAGGGGAUCGUGGUGGUGGAGGUGGAAACUAUCAUCACGGAGGAUAUCAUCAAUACAAUCGACCAUCAACUAGUGGGCCACCAUCAGGAGGAGCUCAAUACUCACCUAGAGGAUCCUCCUCAUCCACCAUGAACAUCACACAUACCACAUUCCCGUCUGUACCGUCGCCACUGGUUCGAGAGGAGCCGACGAUUAUUCUUCCGCCGGUCAAGAUUGGUCUACCAGUGGUGGUGUCUACGGCUGAUGACUCGUCGUCGCCUACUGUGGCGGCGGCGGUGGUGGUAGCUGGAAAUAAUCAAUUCUCAUUCCCCCCACCGCCUGUAGUGAUGGCUGCUCCGGCAUCGGCGGCUCCGCAGACUCCAAUUCAGCAGCAGCAGAAGAUUCAGCAGGUUCAGCAACCGAAGAAGGUUGAAGUUUCGCAACCCCUCACCCUGAACACGUCGUCACUUCCACGAAAAUCAACGGAUUCUUCUGCUGGACCAUUAUCAAUUGUAUCAUCUGCUGGAGGAAGAUCCUCAUCAUUCACUCAACAAUCGCCACGUUUCGCGACCACUCCGAUUCCAUCGGUGAUUCCUCCAACGACAACUCCAGUGCAACAAAUUCCAGUUAUGAUGAACAUAUCACAGCCACCACCACAGAUUAUGAUGAGUAUUCCACCACCAUCAAUGAUGGUUCAGCACAUGAGACAGCCACCGGUUGUUUUUCCGAUUGAUGUGACAGUACCACCGCCCAACUUCUCAGCUCCACCACCGAUGCUUCCAGCGUCAGCAGGCAUCCCACCGCAUCUUCUGAUGUAUCAUCAUCAUCAAAUGUCUGCACCUCCACCACCGACGACGACGCCUCAACAGGCACCUCAGUUCUCGUAUCCUCCACCACAAUUUGCGCCACGUUAAAUACUUUCAUGAUUAACUAAUUUUUUUGUUGUUUUUUCACUUUUUAAAAAAUAAUCUGAAUCUGAAAUCUCGAGUUUUUUCCUUCUCCCACCCACCCAAUCACAGCAAAAAAAAACUUUAAUAACCCUGUUUUCUCAUGUUUUUUCCCCAAAUUUUUUCGGACUGAAAUAUUAUAAUUAAUUGUUCUAAUUGUUUCGUUUUUAGCUUAAAAAUUCCUCUUUUUUUCUUCCCAGACAGCCGGUAUUUCACACGAUCAAUUCUUUUUUUGUGUUUUCUCUCUUUUUUCGCUAAUUGAAUCUUUCUUAAAACAAGUAAGGAAUAAUAAAACUGUGCUCCUAGUGGUUUUAGAAGACACAGUUGAGUUUUUAGGUUAGGGAAUUUUUAAUAUUUUUUAGAU